CCAGCUCACCGCGAGAGAUUUCUGGUCUUCGCACGCACCAGAAGCCUUCAUUCUUCUCGAUGGCUGGGAAGCUGCUAACCCUAGUCUACUUCUUCCUCCGUUAGAGUUGCCCAUUCUACCGCUCGAGCACCCGAAGCCUUCCUUCUUCUCGAUCGCUUCAUCUCAAGUCUCGCAACUUGCCAAUCCCCGGACAGGCGGGUGAGCUCUGAGACAUUGCUCCGUUCAUAUGGAGGAGUUCACAAUGUCGGUCGAGGAAGGCCUGAGGUUGGCGAAGCGAGUGUGCGCCGGCAAGGGCCGGAUCCCGACCGUACCCCCGAGGCAACCCGAUGAGAUGGAUGGGUCGAGAGCUUCUCUCGUCCCGAUGGCUCCGAUGAUGUAUGCGGUGAUCGUCGAUCCGGCUAUCGUGGACAAUCCGGACAUACCGAGCUACCAGCCGCAUGUCUACGGUCGGUGUGAUCCGCCGGCGCUGAUCCCACUCCAAAUGAAGGAGAUUGCUGUGACGAUUGACUGCUAUCUUGACACGGCCUUGAUCACUGUGCGUGGGCGGUGGCGGGUUCACUGUGUCAUGGGUAGCUGCAGGUGCGAUUGCCGUCUCGUGGUUCCCCUUGGAGAGCAGGGUUCAAUUCUUGGUGCUGAGGUAAAAUUUUCCGGUAAAUCAUGUUCUACUCAGGUGGUUCAUAGAGAAGAUGAUCAGAACAAUGAGAAAAAACUGAAGAAUGAAGAUAGAUACUUCUUGAAACCUUGCUUUUUUUCACUGACGAUCCCUCAGGUUGAUGGUGGAUGUGAUAUAUCUCUUGUUGUCAGCUGGUCUCAAAAAUCACUGUACAGGGAUGGCCAUUUAUCAAUUAGAAUACCUUUUACAUUUCCCGAAAAUGUCACUCCUUUUACUGGAAUAGUUGAAAAAGAGAAGAUACUGUUAAACGUGAAUCCUGGCACUGAAAAGGAUGUCAUUAUCCAGAAAUCAACCCAUUCUUUAAAGGAAAAGGGUUGGCAUGCUGGGAGAUUCUCAUUCUGUUAUGAGGCAGAUGUAGAUAACUGGUCAACUAAAGAUUUUGAAUUUUCUUAUAGUGUUUUCACAAGUUAUAUAUAUGGAAGUAUACUUCUGAACUCUCCUUCCAUGAAUGAUAUUGAUCAAAGAAAUAUGUUCUGCCUUUACCUUUAUCCUGGGAGUAAUCAAAAGGGGAAGGUUUUCAGAAAGGAAGUUAUAUUUCUUGUUGAUAUAAGUGAAAGCAUGCAAGGAAAGCCUCUUGAGAGUGUUAAGAGUGCUUUACUUUCAAUUCUUCCAGAGCUUGCUCCAACCGAUUAUUUCAACAUAAUAGCUUUCAACGAUGAGAUGUCCCCUUUCUCCUCAUCUCUGCUGCCCGUAAAUUCAGACCUGUUAGGAAACACUACACGAUGGAUAAGCAAAAAUUUUGUCGCGUAUGGUGGGACUGAUAUUAUGCAACCCCUGAACGAGGCGUUGAGGAUGUUUGCUGAAAAUUCCAUUCAGUCUCAAGGUUUGUUAUUCAGUACAAAGAACGCAGUCCCAUAUGUUUUUCUCAUAACGGAUGGAGCAGUGGAGAAUGAACGUAUUAUCUGUCAUACUGUAAAAUCUCAUGUAGAAAAUGGAGGAUCUAUGUCCCCAAGAAUUUGCACUUUUGGCAUAGGUUCAUAUUGCAAUCAUUAUUUCUUGCAAAUGUUGUCAUCACUAAGUAGAGGUCAAUAUGGUGCUGCAUAUGAUCAAGAGUCCAUCGAGCAAGAAAUGCAAAAGUGGUUACGGAGGGCUUUGUUUCCUGUACUAACGGAUAUAACUGUUGAUGCCUUUGAUGAUCUUAAGGCUUUUGAGAUAUAUCCUUACAAACUUCCAGAUCUUUUAAUUGAAUGCCCCUUGAUAAUAUCUGGAAGAUACGAGGGUAAAUUUCCAAGCACUGUUAAAGUUAAAGGUAGAUCGGCUGACAUGAAUGAUGUUACUGUCAAUUUGAAGGUGCAAAAUUCAACGGACAUACCUAUUGAAAAGGUGUUUGCCAAACAACAUAUUGACCUACUCACAGCUCAGGCUUGGUUCUUCGAAAGCAAGCAACUUGAGCAGGAGGUUACUUUCUUACCUAAAUAUCUAUGA